UAUUGUCGUAUUCAACAUACCGAGGGUUCAAUUGUUGAUUGAGAGAUCCUGUUUUUUAAACUGACGAUACUUUGCCUAUCGUAUUAUUCCGUAACAAUUGAAAACAAAGUGAUCGACAAAUGAAAACAUCGAACUUCUGUGUGCUGUUGUUGUCUGUAUAGAUUAAAAUCUAUUUACAUGAACUGGAUAAUGAAAUAAACGUCAGCAUUCGAACAUAACCUUAAUCUUUAUGAUCUGAUAAGUGAGAUCCGUGUUGCUAUUUCAUAAAUAAUCCUCUGAAAAAAAAACUGUCCGUUACAAGCAAAUCUUCUCAAGAUGAAUAUUAGACUUUUGAAAGAUCCUGCUACUGUGAGUAGCCGUAUAUUUGUGGGUCAUUUGCAAACCGACGACAUGACCAAGGUUGAAUUGGAGGAACAUUUUUCAAAAUACGGGACGGUUGUUGGCUCUUCGAUAAACCGAGGUUUCGGCUUUGUACAAUUUGAAGAAGAACAAUCUGCUCAGAAAGCUAUUCAAAACGAGGAUGGAGCAAUGUUCAAAGGCAGAAGGAUAGAUGUUAGACCGGCAAAGAAAGAUAAUCAAUCCAGUGGAGGUGGCGGAGGUGGAACAAAACAGUUAGGGGGACCUAGUAAUCAAUUUAAUCCUGGCAAUAAUCAUUUUAAUGCUGGAAAUGAUCCUUUUAACAGUGGGAAUCAGAAUUAUGGAGGAAAUUCGAAUUUCAUUGCAAAUCAGAGCUUUGGUUGUGAUCCACAGUUAAAUGAUCAGAAAGGAAAUAAUAUGCAGAAUAUCCGAGGUAGUGGAAAUGAGCAGUUUGGAGAUGGAAGUCAGACUAGAGAUAAUGUAAAUGACCAAUUUGGAAAUCAGAAUAGAAACAAUGGGAGCGAUCAAUUUAACAUGAUGCAGAAUAAAGGAAAUAAUAAUUUUAAUCCAAACAAUCAGAACAGGAAUGCUGGCGACCAAUUCAAUCAAAAUAGAGGUGGCAAUCAAUUUGGGCCUGGUGUAAAUCAAAAUAGACCUGGUGGGAAUCAGAAUCGUAGUGCAAAUAAUCAGAAUCAAAGUGGUGGUGGAGGUGGUAUGAAUAGUAGUGGAAGUGGACGGCCAAGGGGUACCCGAGGUGGAAAAAAUCGAAAUAAAAAUAGAGAUAAUUCAGGUGGAAAUAACUUUAGAGAUCGUAGUCCUAUUAAUAGAGGUGCUCGGUUAGAUGAUAAAGGUGGUAGAGAUUGGGAACAUAAACAAGGAGAUAGAUUAAGGGGAAACAAUUUUGGCAGAGAUUCAUUCAAUGAUAGCAAUAAUCGUUAUGAAGAUUUCAAAAAUUCUACUUCUAGAGAUAUAAAUAUGAGUUUUAAUAAUACAAGUUCAUCAAAUGAAUACUCAAAUGUAACAACUGAAAAGAAUGACUGUGAAAUUAUUGUUGUUAACAAAGCAUUAACGGAAUAUGCUGAGAGUAUUGAAAUGAGAUUGAAGAAAAUUGGAUUAACAGUUGAUUUGUUAUUUCCAAAUGAAGAUGUGCUUCUUAGUAGAGUUUUAGGAAAUAUUGCGAGUCGUGGAUGUUUAUAUGCAGUUGUAGUUACGCCUAUUAAUCAAGAACAUCAUUCCCUUACUUUAAAUAUUCUUCACGGUUUACCUCAAGAACAUAGAAAUAUGCUCGUUGAAGAUGCUAUUAAUUUAAUAUCACGAGAUUUUGCUAAUUAUAAAGCUGGUGGACGAUCGGUUCCACUGAAUACACCUUUCGCAAACGAACGGCAUCCUGAUGCUAUACAAGUUCUUUUAAACAUGCUGGCUGACAAUCAUCAGUUAACAGUAUUGCAAUAUGAUCGUGUUAUAAAAUAUCUCGAAAUUAAACGUGAAGAACAAGUACAAGUUGAGUUGGGAGAUGUAAAAGAUUUACCAUCCACAACUACGACGAUAACAGUCAAUGAUCCGAAACAAGCUGAAUUACAAUCUAGGAUACUUAAUAUUCUAAACAGUAAUAAAACAACUUCAUCUGCACCAGCACCUAGUCCAGUUCCAGCUCCAACCUCAACGCCAGCGCCCGUUCCGCCAGCUACUUGGGGAACAGCAGCAUCAACUGCAACAACAGCAUCCACAACAACAACUACAACUACGGGAGUUUCACCGUCACCUCUCCUAAACGAUCCAACAGUUCAGAAGGCACUUGACAGUCUGUUGCAAGGCAAUUUACUCAAAAGCAUCGGCGAUCAGCAACCGACUACAGCUUCAACACCUCUGUUUGCUGCUUUUUCGAAUAUCGGCCGAUUUUAAUUUAUUUCAAUUUUAUUUAUCAUAUAACGAAUAAUUGGGAAUCUGGAUCUCCUUUAUUUUUCUGAUAUUCAUACUCUUUCUGGCGAAUAAUCACAUUUUGUUUAACAUGAAAAUUUUAUGACAUUUGAUAAGGAAUUAGAAUACUGGCAGAAUUACGUUCAACAAAUAAUUAUGAUAUUUGCCGCUGAUAAACUGUUAGCAUGCUUUUAUCUGUAUUAAAAAAAGUAUAUUUUAAAUAUAAAAUUUAUAAUAUUUUGUAAAUUCUAUAGAUAUUAUUUGCAAAUAUUUGGUUGUAUAAUGGUUCAAUUCUUCCACUCUUAGGAAAGAAAUAUUUUAGUUUAUUAUUUUCAAUAAUUAAUAUAAAUAAAGGACAAACUAAAUAUUAGAUAUCUAGAGAAGGUCUUGCCAGUUUUUCAUGCGAAAAACAUAAAUUUACUUAUCAAAAUACGAACCUUCGCAUUUCAUAACUUUUUUUUAACGGUUUAGUAUUUUAUAAAUGCUGUUUAUAAAAAUUUUUUGUUUACUGCGAAGAAAAAAAUCUUUUCUCAGAUCACUUUCAUUAUUGAAUUUCUUGCUCUCAUAUGUUUAUUUACUCAGAGACAAGUAAGUUGGUGAAUAUGGUGGAUGAGA